AUGGGAGUGCCGGACGUGGAGCAGGCCAAGAAGCGACUCCAGGAUAUACUGAGGCGAGCUCAGAAACUUGAGAUACCGACGCAAGAGGUGAUCUCGACGAGAACUGCGCGUAAAUUGCUCGCCAGAACGCGCAAUGUCCUGGCAUGGACUAUCUGGAUCGGAGUGUUCGUCGUCCUGCUUACUGGCGUUGUCUACGCUCGUUGGCCUACACGACAGGACGUGGAGACCGUCAGGACCGUGCUGAGGCGAACAUGUUCGGGUGCAGCUUCAGGCGAUUUUUCGGAACGAGUGGCAGCACUUCUACAAUCGUCCUCGACUCAGGACGACUGCUAG